CAAGGCCAGUCCCCCGCGCGACCAUGGCGAAUGCGCUCCGUAAACAAACUAUAUUGUGUGUCUCGUUUCUGCUCGUCACCAGGUGCUAUGCUGUCUUCGCGGUCUUUGACAGGAGAGGGCUGUACACGGAGGAGGUGCCCCACCGAAACUACCGGCUGGAAGACUUCCUGUGGACGGGGUCUGGAGACGGCGCGGUCCCAUUGGAUACUCCCACAGUCACAGUUAACCCGUACACCACUACAGUGGUGUGGACCACCACAGUCCUGGCUACAGUCAUGCCCAGUCCCACCUUCUCACCUACUUGUCCUGGGACUGACUGCCCAAUCAGCCCUACACCGACCUUCGGCCCAGUACCGACUGCCACCCCCAGUGUGCCCCCCUGGCCGCCGCCCCCGUGGCUCCAGCCCGCUCCUGAUCCCGCCUACUGGUUGGUCACCGUCCUCCACACCAACUCUACAGAUUGGUCCCUAGCUAGAAACGUGUUUGAGCCCAGGCUAGCGCGCCUCUACAGCAUCGCUUUCCAAAGUGUGUGCUGUAGGCAGCAGUCGGUCCACCUCGGGCUGACAAAGAAGCGUCGGGACAGUCGAGAUGUGGAGGUAUCGCUACACAACGCCACCGCCACCGUGAGUGGACUGGAGCUGGUAUACUCGGUGCGAGUCUCUGGCAAGUUGGUGCCUGCCACAACUGCUGCGGGAGAUAUGCGCUUGCUCACCGACAAGGAGGUAGUAGCAGAACUGGGGUAUCCUCUUGUCACUAAAGCUGAACCAUAUCUAAAGGCUGCCGAGUUAGAAGGGAUCUCCUCAUCACCUCGUCAGGACGUUUGGCUGCUGCUGGCUGCCGGAGUGUGUGCGGUGUUACUUCUGGUCGUGCUGGUAGUACUGUUUGCACUUGGACUGGGCAGACACAAGCGCAAGCAGAGGGUGGAAGGUAGUGCCAACCGCAGUCGAGUGUUCGAGCGCGAACACAGUGGACGUGGCAAGGACAACAUGGCUUACAAUGGAGAUGACCAUGAGUCCAAAGUAAUCAACCCUGAUUCGCCCUCCAGACUAAGUGGUCGCUCGGGGGGAAGCUCAGAAGCCUCACUGGUGAGGAGAAGUCCACCUUGUCCUCCGAAACCAAGGCCACGCAGCCACAAAGCUUCUAGUCCUAAUUCGUACCUGUCUAUGCCUUCUGUCAAGGCUUUCCCCAGAGGGCCAGUAAUCCCAGGACCACUGGAACUUGUACUCGAGCCUACAGAUGAGCCAUCAACAACAACUGCUACAGCCACAACGAGUCAUGCCCGACACGCCAGCAGUGAGAAUGAUCCGGGUGUCAUUGGCCCUCUUGUGUGGGACCUACAUUGUCACAGACUGCAAAAACAAGACAGUGUGGAUCUUGAAGAGGAUCUAUCGCUGACUGAGCCUGGUGUGGGGCGCAUGCGGAGAAGGUUCCAUGAGCUCUUGGAUGAUGCCUUCAGCUUAUUUGGUAGCCGCAGCGGUAGCCCUGACCAGGACAGCAGCAGUCCUACCAACACUCAGCGAGAUGUUCGCAUCAGAUCAGCAUUAGUUAGACCUAGUGAUCCACUAGCAACAGAAAUCAUACUCCGUCCAAAAACUACAGAUUCACGGCGACCAGCUACAGCCGGAGUGGGUAGUCGACCUCCACGAGGAGCAUGGGGUGGGAAUACCCCCACCACUCCCCCUACUCGUCCACCUCCUCGCCCUCUCAGUGCUGGUCCCUUCCACAAGCCUUGCUUGGAACCUGGGAGGAUACUGAGCAAUGCCACCCUCGCCCCCACAGAUCCUGCUGUGCCUCUUAUCGCAGCUAUACGUCAGGAGCUGGGCAAGUUUAGUGCAGCCAAGCCUUAUGAUGUGUAACUUGGCUAAGUGGGCAUCAUAACAUCAUAAACAAUAAGUCAAUGACUACAAAACAUGCAAAGUUAAGAAAGACAAUGAAUAUGUAAAGAAUAUUCAUCUGGUGUUUUAAUCACAUUUUGUGAUUUCGGUAAGAAAAUACUGGAGUAGCCUGAGAAAUGAGAAAGUUUGAUUCCUAUUUUUGAUGGAAAAAGGUUUUUCUUCAUACAGCGCUUACAACUUUAUUUAGACCAAUAUUUUUUAAAUAAUUUACUAUUUUUAAACAAGCUUCCCAUAGGGUAUACUGAUAUCAUGUAGCAAUGUAAUUCAAAGUCAGUAAUAUAUAAGUUGAAAAUAAUGUAAAUGAAGACAGAAAUAAUUGUCCUAUGCAUUUUUAAGAUUGUGUUCAUUUUAAGAAUGAAUCGUAAAGAUAUGUGUUCAACAAUGUAUCAUAGUUAGUUUGAUAAAAGUUAGACCUUUUAUAGUGUUUGUCUUAACUGUGUACUAUUCACUGGUAUAAAGUAAUAUAUUUGUAGUUUAUUUCAAAGUGAAACGUAGCCACAGUUGACUAUUUUUUAGCCUAGAUUACCUUCUUUUAUAGAGCACUAGAAUAGUUUCAAAGAAAAAAAGGAAUAAGCAACAUUUUAUACAUAGGAAAUAAAGCUUUUUAAUUAUAUUAUUAAUAUAACAUUUUAAUCAAGAAUUACCAAAAAAUAUGCAAACUGUAUUAUACAAAACAUGUAUUAUAUUAUAAAAACAUAUUUUAAUGUUAACUGAGAUAAAUUCAGAUACAUCUAUGCAAAACCAAAAUGUAUAACAAUAUACACACUUGGCCUUUCUGCUCAUAUCUUCACUAUAGUAUAAUUGAUGAGGUGAUUUUAUUAAUUGAAAAUCUAUUCUUUUCACCUUUAUAAUAGAAUUAAGUCGGAUCAAUGUAUGGAUAAAAAUCGACACUCAAUCUUUCACUGUCCAAUUGUUGAAUAUGGAGUUUCAAUUUUAACUAAUAAAGAAUACAAAAACUAUAUUUAACCCUCCCAAAAAUUAAAAUAUCUUACUUCAUGACUACAAAAAAAUUCAGAAUCAGAAUCUCUCUAUUAACAUGAACUUUGAGAACAGUUAUGUGUCACAAUAUACAUAAAUGAUGCAUGGUAAUAAUACAUUAUUGUCAUUUAUGGUUGAUCGUUGUUUAAAGGAAGAUGGGAGCUGAUUGUAAAGUCGUGCUCUCAUUGUUGAGGGUUUCUUGCCAUGAUGAAUGACAGUCUGAUGUCUGACUGGCGGUAUCAGAGACGCAUUCUGGGUAUUUUAGCAAUUUGGUCAUGUUACCUUGGAAAGUCUGAGCUUGUCCACAUGUAGAAUGAGUUCUUCGAUAUAUAUCGCUGUGACUGUCUUUAUUUUUAGUUAUUUGAACUGGUCUACAGCUGUCCCUGGAAUCCAGAUAUUACUAAUAGAUAAGAAAAUCAGCAGGCUUACCUUAGAAAAUUACUUCUGGAAUCCAUUGAUUUUAAAGAAAAAAAAACACAUAUAAAAAGAGCAUAUGACAUGCUGUCUAUUGUGAGAAAGAUUACAGCACAAUCGGAACUUUACCCUGAAUAUGUGUGCUUUUAUGUGCUUUGUUUGAAUCAGGGGAUGUAGAAGUAUAAGCCUGUUGAUUUUCCUAUCCAUUAAUAACAAUCCUGGCUUUUAGGCCUAAUAUCUCAAACAAUUAAAAAAUUACUUAAUUCUCAAUUAAUUUGUUCUAACUAAUGAAACAUUUUGGUAUUAGUUUAAUAAGAGGUAAAGGACUAUAAAAAUAAAUAGUUAAUAAUAUUUUUUAAGAAUCAAUAAAAGAUAUGUGGUACUCUUGUGUGUGGGCUCUUUCUAGGGUCAAUACAAUUGGUUUCUUUGAAUUAAGGAUUCAGAAAUGUCUUAUGUAUUACUGGAAAACAAAAAGUGGCAGUGGUUAGAUAAUUUUUAAUGAUCUUAUACAUCAAUGUUGAUCUGGUGAAUGUUUAGAAAUUUGUUAUGUUAAUAGAAUCCGUCCAUUAGUAUUUAGCUAUAUUUGUUUUGUUAUUACCAAGUUAUGUUAGGUUAUUAUUGUGUUCACUUAUUUAUUGUUAAGUUUGGUUGUUCUUACUAAAAGGUUUGUAACUAGCUAACUAGUAUUAGUUACGGCUAGCAAUCAGGUCUUCUGCUGAGUAUUCUUCAUGUUAAUAAUUAGUUGUAAAUAAAUUAUUUGUUAAUUCUUGAA